UGAAACCUUGUUGUCAGGGAUACCUCUCCAUGGAGACACAGUCCCAAAUGCAAGGGAGGGCUUUAACAGAGAGGAGACCCUCACCCUGAUGGAGCAGCAAGUCAAGCGAGAGGAUGAAGAGGGAAAAGCUGUAGUAGUAGAGCGUUAAGAGGGAAGGUCACCUGUGGAGGAACCAGUGGAGUGGAAAUCAACAGAAGGAAAGAAGACAGAAGAGUUGGAUGAAGUGAAAGUUACCUUGCCAGGAUGGGCUAUGAUCUUGAGAGGUUUGUGGGCUAUGUGAACGAGGAUCUGCUGUGCUGUGUGUGUCGAGACGUGUUGGAACGCCCUCUUCAGGCUCCCUGUGAACAUGCCUACUGCAGCGCAUGCAUCAGUAACUGGCUGGUCCAUCACCACUCCUGUCCAGAGGACAGACUGCCGCUGGAUGUGGGCAGUCUCAAACCACUGUACAGGUACAUGCGCAAUGACCUGAACCGUCUGCAGAUCCGUUGUGUGAAUGCAGGACAGGGAUGUGAGGUGGUCUGCACCCUGGAGAGCUUGCACACACAUGAGGAUGAGUGUGAGUUUGCCUUCAUAUCCUGCUCCAACACAGGUUGUCCUGUGCAGGUAGAGAGGCGGGGUUUGGAGGCUCACCUGUCAGAAUGUAACUUCCGCAGCAGGGAGUGUCCCAACGGCUGUGGCCAUACACUUCUCUCCACUGAUCAAUCACAACAUAACUGUGUAGCAGAGCUGCGCACCGAAGUGGAGAUGCUCAGGGCCGAGAUGCUGUGUAAGGUGGAGGAGGUGAGGCGAGAGAUGGAGUCUCGGCUGGACUCACAGAGGAGACAUAUGGUGCAGAAAGAAUCGCAGCUGAAGAAUGAGGUGGAGGAGCUCAAGGGUCAGUUGUCCCGUGUGAUGUGUGACAUGCGAGCCCUGUUAGGAGCAGAGCGUCUGAGGAGACAGGAACUGGCAGAAGCAGAGCUGGAGAAAAGGGAACUGUUGGAGCUCCUCAAAGACCUGCAGCCCACCAGGAGUCAGCAUCCUGUCGAACAGGCGGCAAAAGACCAGCAUCAGGGAGCGCAGCAGACACCCGGUUGGGAGCUCCACACAAAGCCGACAAGACACCAGCAGAGGGAGGCAUCCUUACACGCCUCGAGUCUAUCUCUACAUUCAGCUCAGGCUAUAACUGUAUCAGGUCCACCGCCAUCACCGCAGCUGGGUGAGGGAGCACGCAAGGGUGGUACCCGGAGUCUGACUCUGGACUGCAUCAAGAGGAAGAGCCGGGAGGUGACGGUCAUCUGAGUGGACAGGACUGAUGGGAUUUUAGCCAGAUGAGGAAAGCUUAAAUCUUUAUUUUUUUAAUGUCCGGCAA